GGCGUACAUCUGUUGGUGAUUGAGCUUGAUCCCACGGCUCCUCCGCAUCGCUUUUCCCACCUUGGGCAUUGUCCAACCGGCCUGUCAGUCGUACCGCGACCACUAUGUAUUCGUCGACAAAUCUGUGCCUUUCUCUGUACUAGUUGACCAAGGUCGUGCAGGCGGCAUCAGCUCGUUUGUCUCCAGCUGUAGGUAGCAUGCCCCGGAUCUGACCGAGUUCGACCGAGUCAGAUCGGAUAAGUAACCAUCCUCAGCUCAAUGGCGUCGUUUGGCAAAGAUGAAACGGAGAUUCUUACUGACGCACAUGUUGAUCAGCUAGAGAAGGAACUGCGAGAUUUCAAGUCAGACGUUUCCACAUGGGCUGAGAAACAGAUCGCGGCGCACCAAGAGGGCGUGCGACGGGAUUCGGCGAGAGUGCGUACGACACAAGAUAAGCUGAACGAGCUGAGGCAACUGGAGCAGGAGUUUCUAGCCGAAGAGCAGAUGCUCUUGAAGCAGCAAGCUCAGCAGAAUGAUGAUUUAGACCGCCAGUGUGAGGGCAUGGCAAGGCUAGGCCUGGAGAAGGCAUCGUUGGAACCCCAGCUGCAGCAGGCGGAGGAAUUCGUUGCGGAAUUGGAGGCAGACGUGCAGGCAGAGGAUGACGCACUCAAGAACGAGGAGGAGAUUCGCCAGCAGCGCAUUGACGCCCUGCUGUCAGCUGUGACCAAGUUCAGGGAAGCCUUUGGCCUCCGCUUUGACCCCACUCCUGAGGGUUUGCUCCGGAUGACCUUCACAAAGAUUGAUCCCCUGAUGCCCGACAGGCAGUUCAUUGCCUUGUUGGAUAUGGGGGGUGACAGGGACAAAGGCAUUCAAGUGGUGAGCAGUGACCCUUCAAUACCGGGCUUGGCAGAGGCAGUACAGGCAGCCGUAAGUGAAGGCGACUUGAAAGGGCUGUUUAAAGGGAUCUACAUGGAAUUCAGGAAUGCUGUUGCGGAGGGCAAGCUGUAAGGCCCAGAUGAUGCAACAUGCCAAGUGCCUUGCCUGCUACCAUAGCACAGGCCUCUGUGUGUCUCAGCAUUGCCGUAAGAGCAAGGAGCACAGAGCACGUAGUGGUAGUUGAAGAGUUUGUGAUGUCCUGUAAAUAGAUGGACUGCCCAACCAACCAAUACUGCUCGACAGCAUCUAGCGUGUGAGCUGCUGAACCCUAGUCUAGCAGGUCUAACUACGGUGCAUGUUUGAACGUCGCUGCACUUCGUAUGUCUUCAGCACUUCCUGGUUCCCAAGAUUGUUGAGGACCUUGAUCACUUGAUACCGUAUGUGCUUGGACUUCA